CAUACUACAUAAUUACACUAAUUAAGCUUUAACCCCAAAAAAAUUCAUGGCUAGUGUUUUUGUAACAAAAAGGGUAAAUGUAUAUCCAAAAAUCAUGCAACCUACCAAAAUUAUGAAGCUUUCUAAUUUAGAUAGGCAGUGUCCUACACUUAUGUACUUGGUAUUUUUCUAUAAUCCUUCUCAUAAUCAUUAUAUUAAUAAUGAUGAUUAUGUGUUUAGUUGCUUAAAAUAUGCCUUAGAGGAUACGUUAUCGCUAUGGUACCCUGCAGCAGGGAGAUUAAGCAAAAACCCUAAUAAUGGAAACAAGCUUGAUCUUUGGUGUAACAAUGGUGGUGCAGUUAUGGUUGAAGCUGUUACACAAACUACCAUUUCGGAGCUCGGUAAUCUUUCUCAAUAUAAUGAGUUUUUUGAGAAUUUGGUUUAUAAGCCUGCUUGCAAUAAUGGAAAUAUUUCUGAGAUGCCACUUCUUGUUGCUCAGGUAACAAAAUUCAAAUGUGGAGGCUACUCAAUUGGGGUAGGAACAAGUCAUGCACUCUUUGAUGGACAAGCAACCUACAAUUUUAUGUCAGCAUGGGCUUCCAACGCACAUACAAAGCAAGGAUUUAAGGGACUUGAAUGGCAUAAACCUAUGCAUGAAAGAGAAAGAUUAUUGCAACUGAUUAAGAUUAGUCCUACUAAUAACAAUAGCAAUCAAGCCACGGCUCUAACAAAAGUUGCAGCAAUCCAACAUUUGUAUCAGUUGAUCACCCAAGCAGCUGAUACUGGUGGUGUCAUGCUUAAAAAUCCCCAGUUGUUUGUUCCUUCUAUUCAAGAAGAUUGUGUUCUUAACACCUUUCAUUUUAGCUCGUCGAUGAUCGAUAGCUUGAAGAGAAGAGCUUAUGGCCUUAACAACUUGUACUCUUCUUCGAUGUGUUCUUCUUUUGAGAUUGUCGCUGCACACCUGUGGAAGGCAAGAACAAAAGCACUAGGACUAAGAAGAGAAAGAAUGGUAUGUCUCCAAUUUGCAGUAGACACCAGGACCAGACUAACACCUCAACUCCCCCAAGAUUUCAGUGGCAACGCCUAUGUCCUAGCCUCCGUAGCCCUAACUGCUGGCGAACUCGAGCUCAUAAGCUAUGAAACCUUAAUCAACAAGAUCAAAAUGGCCAAAAACUACGUCGACAACGAGUACGUUAGCACGUAUCUCGAGGCUCUCGAGGGGUCCGGGGAUGCGCUCCCUCCUCUAAGGGAGCUUACCGUAGUCUCUGACUGGACUAGAAUGCCAUUUCAUAAGGUUAACUUCAACUUCAUGCAGUCUCAUGCAAAUAAUGUAGCUGUUUCUGUAUGCCCUUUAGUUCCUCCUGUUCCACAAGUUGCAUAUUUUAUGCAAAGUCCCAAGGAAGAUAAGGGUAUUGAUGUGAGGAUUGGAUUAAACUCACAGAUUAAUUCUGCCUUUUCUCACUAUUUCCUCAAUAUUUCAUAAAAUCAAACCAAAAACUUUUAUUUUCUUGUUCGUAAUCUGAUUUGUUAUAGUUUUUGUAAUAUAAUUUGGGAAAAUUUUCCAAUAGCUACACAUUUAUAGUAGCCACCGAAAUGAAAAGAUUUUAAAUUAAUAAUGUUUUAAAGGUAUAACUAAAUAUCAAACUGUUUGUUACAAAAUAAGAGGAGAAUAGAGUGAGGCUAGCACAAGUAUACCGUAUACGUACCAAAAUGUCUUUCUUCUCUUGUAGUUGGUACUAAUCAAUUAAAGUGUAUAGCCUAUUGGUUUCAAUGUAAGGAGGAGUAUCUUUUAACCAUUGUGAAACUUUUAUAAUAUAUGCAUGUCAUUGGCUAAAACGCCACAUGGUGCCU